AAAACUACAAGUUUAGGUCCCUCAGAAAAUUUAACAUUGUCUAAAGAAAUUGAUGAAGCAAAAAUUGAAANAAUUGAUCAAGGGAAAACUGAUUGUGACCAAAUAGUAUUGUUUAUUAAUGAGGAAGAUUUAAGCAAAAGUCCACAAAUUACAAUUAAGUUUGAAAACAAGGAAGUUGCAAUUGCAUUGUUGGAUUCUGGGAGUGAAGUGAAUUUAAUAUCCCAAGAUACAUUUGACAAGUUGAGUAAGGCUGGGAUUGAAGUGUUGACUUUGCCUGUCCAAGGAAUAAACUUAGUAACUGCAUUUGGCAAAAGGUCAAAGGGAAUUAAGUUACAAAUGUUAAUGGAAUUCAACAUUGAGGAAGAGACAUUUGAAGCAGUGUUUUUGGUGGCCCCACAAUUGAAUUGUGAUGUUAUUUUGGGUUGUAGUUUUUUGAAAGAAUACGGUAUUCAACUGUGUUUUGACUUAGGAAAGUUAGAUUAUGUUCGUCAAGGACAAACUAAGAGUGUCCAAUUUCAAGCAACUGAACAAAAUAAUAAAAAAUUUGUUCAUCCCAAGGAUAUGAGUUUUACAAGCAAUGUAUUGACUAAAGAAGAUCGCGGGAGUAACUUGGUUUUGACAGAGGCUGUACGAAAUCAGUUUGAGAAAGUCGAGGCAGCGUGCGUGGACCAGGGGCGCAGUGGGGUAUUGGCGGAAGAAGAUGACGUAACCUUCAGCGCUGCAGACUGUUAUCGCGUCCAAGAACCGAGCGAGACAAGAUGUGCAGACCCCAGGGAUAUCCAAAGCGAAGAAUUGGCCCAGAUAAUAGACCGAAGUUCGGAAAUAAAUUUGGAGCAGAAAUUGCAAUUAUUUGAAGCAUUAAAUAAGUAUUUGCCUAGUUUUACUGCACGACCAGGCAAGUGCUGUUUAUUGAAGUAUAAAUUCCAGGUGAAGGCAGAUCAGCCGUUACCCUGAGUUAGUGAAUCACAUUCAGGACUGGUUGAAUCAGUCAGUCAACCAGACUACAGGAUACAAACCCAUCGAAUUAUUGGAAGGUGGAACGAAAAGGGAAAUUUUUAAAGAAAUCAUUCGGAAGUUGCCAGACAAGCCCCUUGAAGAAGAAUUACCUAUUAAAAUUUUGAAAGCUUAUAGUAGAACUAAAGACAAAGCA